CCAGUAAAUCUAGACUAACCAUCUCCAGCGUUGGUCUUUUACAAUAAUUGGUGCCAGUUGCUCAACUAGCAACACCAGAAUUACCAGUAAUGCAGCAUUAUAGAGGCGGUACGCUUACACAUCUCCUGUUGGUUUGGAAACUGCUGUCAGAUGUCUCAUACUUUUCCUCAGAGCAGCUCUUUUAAGUGGAGAAAAAAUGAAUCUGCGGUUUAAAGAUCUGUUUUCAUAUUUGACCCGAUCUUCACUUAAAAACUUGGAAUGACUGUCUUUCUGCCUGUUGUUGUUGGGUUCAUCUUCACUGCCUCUUUUCUGUCGGGACAGUGUGUGUUACAAGCCAUUUCAGCUGAGAGUGGUGACACUUUGCCUGACAGUUUCAUAGGGUUUGAGUCGGUCCCUGACAAAGUGGCAGAUGGCUCAGUGGUCCGUGUGCGGUAUCAGUGCUCCAGGCCGUGUCAGCUCGCAGUGGAAGUUUUGGUGUCAACAUUAAGGAAGACAGAUUUGGUGGUGUUCAGGAGGAAAUGGACCAGCAGCACACCUCGAGUGUACAAGACCCAGCAGGUGCUGCUCAGAUUGCCCCAGUCUAUUUCAAAUCAUCACCGCUAUGCCAGCAGGAACAUGUCGGACACUCAGAACGCCACGGUUCGCGCUCGGCUGGAUUAUUUGGAAGAGGGCAGUGAAAUCAGCCCUCAGCAUGGUUCAAUGUUAAGGAUUUAUGAAGUGCAGCAGGUACUGCCACUUUCUGUGUGGCCAAGUCCCCCCCCCACUGGGUGUUUGUCAUGGUCUGCUCAACUCUUGGGGCAAAUGGCCGACAACAGAAUCCUUCAGUGCCCUCACGAGUCAGAUGUAAUUGAUGUGCUGAAAUUCCCUUUGGCAUGCACCGGUGAGAAUUUCGGGGUGGUCCACAGGUUCCAGCCUUUCAUCAAUGGAGCCCUGGAGAGAGCUCGUCUUCAUGCUGUAACACGGCCCAGCGUCGCCUUCUCCGUGUGGAUCUACCUGCUGAAAGGGUGUCAGAAGAACCACUGUGGCAUUGUCCAUCAUGUCAAUCAGAAACGUCUGUUUGACUCUGUCCUGAUACAGCUCACAGACACAGGAGACCUCAUAAUUCAGGCCCGCAUGACAACCGGAGAAGAUGAAGCGUUCCGAGCAAUCGUAAUGUUGCCCCUGUGGAAAUGGAUUAGAUUGGACUGUUACAUACUGGACUCUAAGGUGCAGCUGAAUGCAGCAUGGGACAAUGAAACCCGCAGCUUCGAAUACAAAUUUCAGAACAUCAUCCACUAUGAUGACACUGAUGGACACUUUGUGAUUGGAGGAGGAAAAUAUAUGUCUGGCAUCAGCGGAUACUUUGGGCCUUUUAAAUACCACCGUCUAGGAACAAAAGAAAUAAAGAAUCCACUUCAUCCCAAGUCGACCUUACAGGAGCUGGACCGGACUCACCUGGAGUGUCGGGAAAUGAGAGCUUUUACCAACGCUUUUCUGCAAGUAGUAUCUGAGGAUCACCAGCUGUCUUCAAAUAACAAAACUGUCUGCACCAAUGACUUCCCCGGACUGUGGGCUCAGUUUCAAGACAAAGAUAAAACCUGUGCAGAGGCAUGGAACCUGGAAACACAGCUUAAAUACAGCGUGCUGUUUCAGUUCUUGCUGAGAAAGGAGGAUAGAAUAAGAACAGGACAUUUGGGUAUGAAUAACCUGGGUGGUACCUUGUUCCACCUGGCAGUUAGCACACUGUUCCAAGAGCAUGAAGCACCAAUGGAAAUGUCAGCUACAUCGUUGGAGUUAUUAAAAGCAUCCUCAUGCUUUGGAAAUCACAGAGCAUCUCUCUUGCUGGCCGCCAUUUUCCUUUCUGGCUUGGGUCACCCAGUCGACCAGGAGCAGGGUCAUGUCUACAGUCUGAUUGGUGCAGUGGGUGAUGACCGAUUUGCCCUGAUGCAUGCUGGGUAUAAACACACACAUGGAGCUGAUGGGUUUCCCCAAGACUUGGACAUGGCUAAUUGCUACUAUGCUAAUAUUGGAGGACAGUGCAGCAUUGAUAGUUACAGAUCUCAUGAAAAUAAGCAGUACAGGCCGGAAUUCAUAUAUUUAGGCAUGGAGGAGGAUUUAAAGAGCCUGACACUGGAGACAAGCGAUGCUUUUCAGUUUCUGAAAUUCCAAGCAGAUCGUGGAGACCUGGAAUCUCAGAGGCGCCUGGGAAUGAUGCUUUUCUGGGGACAGAACGGAGUCUCAAAAGACACGAUGAGCGCGGUGAAGUGGAUUGAGAGAAGUGCUAUGCAAAUGAAGGAUCCCUCAGCGAUGUACGACUACUCCCUCUUACUAAUGAAGGGCCAGGGUGUGAAAAGAAACUAUACUCAAGGUUUUCAGCUUAUGAAAAAAGCAGCAGCGAUGGGUUCAAUUAACGCCCUGAAUGGUCUAGGCUGGUAUCAUGGGAGUGUGCUGAAGGACCACAAAAAAGCAGUGAAAUACUUUGAACAAGCUGCUUUAAACGGGAGUGAUGACGGGAUGUACAACUUGGGGGUUUAUCAUCUGAGUGGGAAACACCCCAACAAGCCACAGAGGAAUGAGAGCGCUGCAUUCGAGCUGUUUCUGAACGCGUCUCGCCUCGGCCACACCGCUGCUUCGGUGGAGGUGGCGGGGUAUCUCUCCACAGGAAGCCUAGAAGGGGUUUCUCAGGAUGUGCAGAGGGCUGUGAUAAUGCUAACAAAGGUCUGUGAACAGAACGGACACCUUGGAUUUACGAUCAGAGAGGCCCUUCAGGCCUACCUCCAGGGUUCUUGGCAGGAAUCUCUGGUGAAGUACGUUUUAGCCGCUGAAACCGGUCUCGGCUUAGCCCAGAUCAACGCUGCACACCUGUGUGAGGAGCUGAAUCUCAGUUACGACUGUCAGAGGAGAUAUCACAGCUUCUCUUUAUUAAACUCUGAUCCUCAUCCACCCACUCUGCUGAAAAUGGGAGACUACUACUACUCCUCCUCAUCCUCCAGCACACGAGAGGACUCAUUAUCCUUGGCUGAGCAGGCCGUAUCAAUGUAUAGCAGAGCAGCUCUAGCAGGCAGCCCUCAGGGAAUGUUCAACUUGGCUGUUUUAGUGCGAGAAGGCUACGUUCUUCCACAGAGCACCCUCCACUUGUUCAAUGCAUCGUGCCACGACGAGCCGGACUCUGUGAUGGAGAAGAUCCUAGGAAGAUGUGCACAGCUCGAGGACGAGAAUGCAGUUGCACCCUGUUCUUUAGCUCUGUUCGGACUCCAGAUGGGAAAAGCCUUGAGCAGCAUGACUCAGAACCGUGCACAACUCCUCUUGGCAUAUGCAUCGAUUCUCUCCAUCAUUGUGUUUGCUGUUGUUGUGCCGUUUCAGGCCUGCCUUGAGCACAAAUGGAAGGCAGCCACACAGAGGGGAAGAGCAUCUUUAGGGGCACAACCCGUGGAGGAAAACCCAAGGCUGUCUGUGAAUGUCCUACAGCAGCUCCAGCUGAGCAGCGACUUGGCUGUGACUCUGUCUGGUGUGUGUCUGUGUGCCUGCUGGACAAUGCUCUUCUAUCAUCUCCUAUGAUGAUCAAAUCCCCAGCAAAGUGAUUCAAAAGCCACAACAAAAUCCCCAGAUGCUUCAGACAGGCAGGGCAGUGUUUACAUCAUGAGUAACAGAACUUGUGUAUUUUAGGCAUGUGACUCAUUUAAAGAUGAGAAACACUGGAAUAAAAGGAGAAAACAAA